AUGUCCCCGUUUAGUUAUGAUGCCAUCCCAUUCAGUGCAAAAGAGCAGAUUCGUAUAUUCACACUUUCACCCUUAGUUGAAAAUUCGACGGACCCGACGGAGCAUGAUGCAUUGAUUAAGGGCAGCUUAGAGUCUGUCAACUGGACUGACAAGCCAGAGUAUACGGCUCUAUCGUACACCUGGGGAAAUGAUACCCCUCUGCGGACAAUUCUUAUCAGCGGCCGACAGUUCGAGAUCACUGUCAACCUCCAUGACGCCCUAUCCGAACUCCGGCAAAAAGAAAAAUCGGUUCGUCUCUGGAUUGAUGCAAUAUGCAUCAAUCAAAAGGACAAUUCCGAAAAGAACGAGCAAGUCAUGCGGAUGACGGAUAUUUACAAGGCAGCAACCUCUGUCUUUGCAUGGCUUGGAUGUACCGCUGACGACAGUGACACUGGAAUGCAGGCCCUUGGGAGUAUUGGAGACGAUGCAAUUCACGCAGGCAUGCUUGAACUUGGCCGAGAUAGAAUGCUGAAACUCUGGGACCCAGAUCCCGACGGCCUUCUUGCUAGCGUCCGAGAGCCAUUCGAGAACCUCUCCAAGGUCCUGGACCUGAAAUUUCCGCAAUUAGCCAUACAGUGUAUUACUGAAAGAAGCUACUGGGAACGAACUUGGAUUGUGCAAGAAUUCUCGGUAGCUUCUGAUCUCGUCAUUGCAUGUGGCGAGAAGCGAUUGAACUUCCCUCAGCUGUGUGCUGGGAUUCUCUUCCUUGGGAUGCAUGUUACUUUGGUUUCAAGGAACUCAUCUGCUGCCGAUCAAUCGGACCCUAUCCGUGGACCUCUCCUCACGCAAUUUUUCCAGAUAGCUGGCCGCAGAGCUGCUACGAGCAGACUCAUCGGAUCUCGAAGGAGGUAUCAAAAGCAGACUGCCACUUACCAUUCGUCGUUAAUGGAGCUUUUAAGUCUGUUUUCAAAUUCUUUGAAGGCUACCAAUCCUAGGGACAGAAUAUAUGGCAUUCUUGGUCUUGCACCAGACAAGGAAGUACUUGAUAUCAAGGUAGAUUACAAGAAGGAAGUUCAUGAGGUAUACACAGAAGUCGCAAAAGCUCUGCUUACUCACAAUUACACGGACAUCCUAUCCUGGUGCCAAUUUCCAAAGGGUCAACCAGGACUCCCUUCAUGGGUCCCCGACUUCAGUGUCCCUCUCCGAGAACCCUAUGGCUCCUACAAAACCAGGGCGCCUCCCUGGAAGCCAUUGUUCAAUGCGACUUUGGACAAUGAGGUCAAAAUUUCAACGCAAAGCUCUCUGUGUAAGUCAAACAAUAUAGUCAUGUCAGGAUUUACAGUGGAUACGAUCAAGAAACUCGGAACGGAAGAAUGGACCCAGCCAGCAGCGAAUUGGUUUUGGCCUGGGGUACAAACCUUCCUGACUGAGAUCAAGCAAUUCUUGGAACAAGCCCAAAUGUUACCGAAGCCACUAAUACAAGAUCAAAAUUUCUGGGACGAAGCAUUUUGGAGGAUUCCUUGUGCUGACCAAGAAUACCACGGAUACGCCCGUCGGCGGGCAGAGGUGACGGCAGAGGAUGGACUUUGCGAAGUGAUAGCUAGAAUGUACGGUAAUAAUUCCGGCUACCAUGACGAGGCGAAAAAAGCUGCAUUUUCCAAAUAUGACGGUGCAAUGGGAUAUCUUUAUGGAGUUCGGCCAUUUAUGUCAGAGAAAGGGUACGUUGGACUGGCUCCAAAGCACGCGUUGCCUGGUGAUAAAAUCUGUGUCAUUCUUGGGGCAAUCGUUCCGUACGUGUUACGAAGAGUUGGAGAGGAGCAAUUUGAGCUCGUUGGUGAGGCUUAUGUACAUGGGAUAAUGGAUGGGGAGGCGAUGGAUCUCGGAUUGGAAGAAGUACAGUUUUGCCUUUUGUAA